AUGGCUGAUCAUUCAAAUACUACCCAAAAUGAUAAUUCAACAAAUAAAAUGACAGAUCCACCAACACCACCUGGAGAAGUUGAAAUAAAUAAUAAUAAUUAUUCUGAAAAUAAAUCUGUUUCAUCACAUGAGGAAAAUGCAAAUACAAUACCUAUUUAUAGUCUUCAUCAUAAUCACACAACAUCAUCGUGUAAUGAUCCAUCUCAUAAUCAUUUUCAUGAACCACCACCAACAACGUCUACUUCAUCAAAGAACAAAAGAGGAAAUCGUAAAAAAUUAAAAGAUCAUAUACCAGCGGAAUUACUACCAGGACAUCGUGGAUCGGAAAAUAUUGAUGAUUUAGUCAAAUAUAUUGAAAGUCAAUCAUCGGCGACAACUGCUGCUAGUACAAUAAAAACAGAUGAGAAAAAAAAGCGUAACAACAAAAAAUAA